GCGGGGCCACAGUUUAGACUCCGCCCACCCUCCCCAGCCAAACUUGCUGUCUCACUGGUGCUUCCUGGCUUUACUCACAUGGAAGACGGAGGAAGGCUCUAGCGUCUUAGCUACACAUGAAGCGGCUCGGUCUAUUUUAGACUUCACCGGAUUGGAUUCAGGAUAUCGGCGUUUCGCUUCGUGUUUGGCAGUUCCCGAACCAGAGCAUAGAAACAAGUAUUCUUUUUAAAAAAGUAACUUUUGGAGUUUGUUUGUUUUUAAAUCCAUCCAUUGUUGCGGCGAGUGCGCGACACAGAAAGUGCGUCUUCUGCAUGUAAGAGGAAACCAGGAACAGAAUGAUUGCAGCCCAGCUAUUAGCCUAUUACUUCACUGAGCUGAAGGAUGACCAAGUUAAAAAAAUUGAUAAGUACCUGUACUCCAUGCGCUUCUCUGAUGAGACGCUGCUGGACAUCACGAACCGCUUCAGAAUGGAGCUCGUCAAAGGAUUGGGCCGGGACUCUAAUGCCACUGCUUCGCUCAAGAUGCUGCCAACAUUUGUGCGCUCAAUCCCUGACGGAUCAGAGAAAGGAGACUUCAUCGCUUUAGAUUUAGGAGGCAGCUACUUCAGGAUCCUUCGGGUGAAAGUCAGCCACGAGAAGAAACAGACGGUUCAAAUGGAGAGCGAAAUCUUCGACACGCCAGAGGAUAUCAUGCACGGCUCUGGAACCAGACUGUUCGACCAUGUGGCAGAGUGUCUUGGCACCUUCAUGGAAAAACACAACAUCAAAGACAAGAAACUCCCUGUAGGGUUCACCUUCUCCUUUCCCUGCCAGCAAGCUAAACUUGAUGAGGGCUACCUGAUAACCUGGACUAAGAGCUUCAAGGCCAGUGGGGUGGAGGGAAUGGACGUGGUCAACCUGCUCAACAAAGCCAUCAAGAAACGAGGAGACUAUGAAGCAGACAUCAUGGCAGUCGUGAACGACACGGUGGGAACCAUGAUGACUUGUGGCUUUGAUGAUCAGCGCUGUGAAGUCGGCAUCAUCAUAGGCACGGGCACCAACGCUUGCUACAUGGAGGAGCUGCGCCACAUUGACCAGGUGGAGGGCGACGAGGGCAGGAUGUGUGUGAACACGGAAUGGGGGGCGUUCGGAGAUGACGGCAGGCUGGAGGACAUCCGAACAGAGUUUGACAGAGAGAUAGACAGAGGAUCUCUCAAUCCAGGCAAACAGCUAUUUGAGAAGAUGGUCAGUGGUUUGUACAUGGGCGAGCUGGUGCGUCUCAUCCUGGUGAAGAUGGCCAGAGAAGGCCUCCUGUUCGAGGGAAGGAUCACCCCAGAGCUGCUCACAAAGGGCAAGUUUGAGACCAAGCAUGUCUCUGCCAUUGAGAAGAGCAAAGAAGGGCUGACCAAAGCCAGAGAUGUUCUGAGCAAGCUCGGCGUGGAGCCCUCACCAGAUGACUGUGUCGCUGUGCAGCACGUUUGUUCCAUUGUGUCUCAUCGUUCUGCUAACCUGGUUGCUGCUGUUCUGGCUGGCAUCUUGAUGAGGCUGAAGGAGAACAAAGGAGUGGGACGCCUCAGAACCACAGUGGGCAUCGACGGCUCUCUGUACAAGAUGCAUCCACAAUAUUCCCGUCGUCUUCAUAAGACAGUCCGGCGUUUGGUUCCCGACUGCGACGUCCGCUUCCUCCUGUCCAACAGCGGCAGUGGGAAGGGCGCCGCCAUGGUGACGGCCGUGGCCUACAGACUGGCAGAACAAUCCAAGCAGAUUUCCCAAAUCCUGUCGGAGUUCCGCCUUACAACCGAACAGCUGCUAGAGGUGAAGAACAGAAUGAGGGUGGAGAUACAAAAUGGUCUUUCAAAGAGUACGCAUGAGUCUGCCACCGUCAAAAUGCUUCCAACCUUCGUGCAGAGCACACCUAAUGGCACAGAACACGGGGAUUUCUUGGCGUUGGACUUGGGUGGGACCAACUUUAGAGUCCUCUUAGUCAAGAUUCGCUCUGGGAAGAAAAGAUCUGUGGAGAUGCACAACAAGAUCUAUGCCAUUCCUUUAGAAGUGAUGCAGGGAACAGGAGAGGAGUUGUUUGACCACAUUGUGCACUGUAUCAGUGACUUCCUGGACUACAUGGGGAUGAAGAACGCUCGUCUUCCUCUUGGGUUCACCUUCUCCUUCCCUUGCAAACAGACCAGUCUGGAUGCUGGGACCUUGGUGACCUGGACCAAAGGCUUCAAGGCCACAGACUGUGAAGGAGAGGAUGUUGUGGGACUGCUCAGGGAUGCCAUAAAGCGCCGAGAGGAAUUUGAACUGGACGUGGUAGCUAUCGUGAACGACACUGUGGGCACCAUGAUGACCUGUGCCUAUGAAGAGCCCACCUGCGAGGUCGGGCUCAUCGCUGGCACCGGCAGUAAUGCGUGCUACAUGGAAGAGAUGAGGAACGUUGAGAUGGUAGACGGCGAUGACGGACAGAUGUGCGUCAACAUGGAGUGGGGAGCUUUUGGAGACAACGGGUGUCUGGACGACAUGAGGACUGAAUAUGACCGAGCUGUGGACGACCUCUCUCUUAAUCCAGGAAAACAGAGAUAUGAGAAAAUGUGCAGUGGCAUGUACCUUGGUGAAAUCGUGCGAAACAUCCUCAUAGACAUGACCAAGAAAGGAUUCUUGUUCAGAGGACAGAUUUCUGAAACCCUGAAGACCAGAGGCAUCUUUGAAACAAAGUUCCUCUCACAAAUAGAAAGCGACAGGUUGGCUUUGCUGCAGGUGAGAUCCAUCCUGCAGCAUCUCGGCCUGGACAGCACCUGUGAUGACAGUAUUAUCGUCAAAGAGGUUUGUGGAAUUGUGUCACGGCGAGCAGCUCAGCUGUGUGGCGCAGGAAUGGCGGCUGUCGUCGAAAAGAUUAGGGAGAACCGCGGAGUGGACCAUCUGAAGAUCACAGUAGGGGUGGACGGGACUCUCUACAAACUACACCCACACUUUUCCCUGAUCAUGCACCAGACUGUAAAUGAGCUGGCUCCAAAGUGCAGCGUCAACUUUCUGCUCUCGGAGGACGGGAGCGGGAAAGGUGCGGCGCUAAUCACAGCUGUAGGCUGCCGGCUCAGGCAGGAGCUGAACAGUAAAUAGAGUCUCACUGUUACCUUCA